AUGUGGAAAUUUAUAAAGCAACCAUCAGCAUUAGCAGCUUUGCUAAUCGUUUCAAAUCUAAUUCAAAUUUUAUACGCCCAAAAUACAUGCAAUAACGGUCAGGGACGGAUACUUUAUGAAAGACUGCCAAACCAACAGCUACAAGGAUUCGAUGAUGAUGUUAUAAGAGAUACUGCACCACCUUUCCGAGUUUUGGAAAAAUGUCAAGAUUUAUGUUUGAGAGAUAGAACAGCAUCAAAUAAUUUAGUUAGAGCUUGUACGAGCUUCGAUUUCCAACCGGGAAGUCGAAUAGCAUCGUACAAUGGAAACACCGAAUAUGAAGAAUCGACUUGCUAUCUUACAAGAGAACAAGCAGUUCCCGAAGGCAUAGGAAAUUUAAUGUUGGUUCCAAACAGUGUUCAUUUCACAGAAGUUUGUCUAACAUCAAGUCGACCUGAGAGAGAAUGUCCAAGUCGUCGUUAUGUGUUCGAAAGAUAUCCACGCAAGAAAUUGAAACUUCCUGUGUCUGAUAUCAAAGAGAUCACUGCCGCAAAUCGAUCUGAUUGUGAAGAUAAAUGUUUAAGUGAAUUCUCAUUUGUUUGUCGAUCUGCAAACUUUGAUUCAACUUUAAGAAGCUGCACACUUAGCAGAUUCACCAGAAGAACUCAUCCUGAGUUAUUGGAAGAUGAUCCUAAUUCAGAUUAUUUAGAGAACACAUGUCUCAACGCCGAGCGUCGCUGUGAUGGAUUAGUCGUCUUCGUUAAGGAAGAAAAUAAGAAAUUAGGCGGACCUUUCGAAGUAGAAAUUUUUAAUAACAUGACUUUGGAAGAAUGCCAAUCGAUGUGUUUACAGCGAGGUACUGAAUAUCCAGACAAUUCAGUAACAUCACAUUUAUUUGGCGGAACAAGCGGCCGACGACCCGAUACAGCUUUCCAGAGAUAUCGCAACAGUCGCUUAGGUGGCGAAUUUCAUUCUGAAAUUACUGGUCGUUCGUUGAGCGAGUGUUUAGACGAAUGCCUACGACAGACCAGCUUUCAGUGUCGAUCCGCCGUAUACAGCGACCGUUUUAGAACCUGCCGUUUGAGUCGUUUUAACCAGCGUGACAAAAUGCGAAUCGUUUAUGAUGAAGACUAUGAUUAUUAUGAAAAUUUGAUGAUUUGCGAUAGCUUUUACAAGUAUUUUUCUUAUCAUACAGAUUUUUUCGUAGUGGGAACUGAAGAUCCAAUGGGAAGUACAAGGCCUGACAUGAAUUGGCACUCAACACAUGGUGACAGAGACAGUAAUUAUCCUGAUGAUCGUUUUCCAUCAAGAUACCCAUCAUCAAUGCCUGGACGUUAUCCAUAUGAUCGUCCUGGAAUGUAUCCAGAAUAUGGCGAUCGUUAUCCAACAUCACCUUUACCUGACCGAUAUCCAGCAAGUGGUGGAGAUGGAAGGCCUCAAACAUAUCCAUACGGUCCCGACCCUUAUGGUUCUUCUGACAGAGACCGAUAUCCUCAAACGCCACCUCGAAUGCCCGGUUCUGAUCGUUAUCCACCACCACCUGGUGAUCAAUAUUAUCCAAUGGCACCCGGACGUUAUCCAAUGAUGCCCAGUGAUCGAUAUCCAUUGAUGCCUGGAGAUAGGUACCCAAUGUCUGGUGGUGAUCGAUAUCCAAUGCCUGCUGGUGAUCGUUACCCUAUGCCUGGUGGUGAUAGAUAUCCAAUGCCAGGAAGUGACAGAUACCCAAUGCCUGCCGGUGAUCGAUACCCAAUGACUGGUGGUGAUCGAUAUCCAAUGCCAGGCAGAGAUCGUUAUCCAUCUAUGCCAGGAGCGAACCGUUAUCCAGUGAUGCCACCUGGUGGUGAUCGUUAUCCAAUGCCUGCUGGUGCUGAUCGUUAUCCAAUGCCUGCUGGUGCUGAUCGUUAUCCCAUGCCUGCUGGUGCUGAUCGUUAUCCCAUGCCUGCUGGUGCUGAUAGGUACCCACCGCCACCUGGUGGUGAUAGGUACCCACCGCCACCUGGUGGUGAUAGGUACCCACCGCCACCUGGUGGUGAUCGUUAUUAUCCUCGACCAGGAACAAGCGAUCCUAUUGACUCGAAAUACCCACCUACACCUAACGUAAACAAUAGAUAUCCAGAAGAUGAUCGAUAUGGUAGCAGAGAUCCUUAUGCGCCCAAAGAUCGUUACAACCCUGAUGAUCGUCAGCCAAGUGUUCCAGGAAUGUAUCCAGACACUCGAGCACCACCAAGUAGGGGACAUCAUAUUGAUCGUCCACCAUAUGGUGGGGAUAUGGGAUAUGAUGUGAGAUAUCCAGAAGGACCUGAUCCAAAAUAUCCUAUGAUGGGUCCUUACGGACCGCCAAGAUAUCCACCACCAGUCUCUGAAAAUCGCUUCCCUGUUGGCUCUGAUAGAUUCCCAACCAAUAUAUAUAAGUACGGUAAUCGAGGUCGUAUGCCACCUUAUAUGCCUGGAAUGAUGGGCUAUGCACCUUACAAUCCCAUUGAUAUGGGAGAUCGAGGCUAUGGUCAGAGAGCUCCACGCCCGCCAUAUGCUAUUAUGGUUGGAUUUGGUCAGCCUGAGAUUGAUAAUUCCAUUUCAGACGGAUAUGGAUUGCAUUAUGGUCCAGGAAUGGGAUCGCGUCCAAUAAGUGCUGGAACUCGAUGUGACGAAGUUGACAGCUAUAAACAAAUGGGAUUACGACAGAAAAUGAGAAAACAAUUUGUCAGAAGAGCUUUGAGAGUUCCAACACUUGUUCAUUGUCAACGUGAAUGUACUUCGGCCAGAGAUUUUAUUUGUCGUAGCUUCAACUUCCGAGAUGAUGGUGACCGUCCCGCAUCGCAAGGAACCGGUGAUACAUUUAAUUGCGAAUUAAGCGAUCGUGAUACGAGAGAGCUUGACUUAAAUAAUCCACAAAUGUUUGAAAAUACUGGAAAUUAUGAUUUUUAUGAACGAUCAAUUGGCGGUAGAAGUAAUGAUGGGGAAUGCUUAGACGUCUCUCAAGUUUGCAAUGAAGACGGAAUGGAAUUUACAUUGAGAACAAACGAACCAUUUACUGGGCGUAUUUACAGUUAUGGAUUUUAUGACAGAUGCUUCUUCCGUGGAAAUGGUGGAACUGUCAAUGUCUUGAGAAUCAGUGGACCUCAAGGUUAUCCUGAAUGUGGAACUCAAAGAUAUGGCGACACUAUGACAAACAUCAUUGUCGUGCAAUUUAGUGAGAGCUUACAAACAUCGCGUGAUAAACGAUUCAAUCUGACAUGUUUAUUCAGGGGACCAGGAGAAUCAGUUGUGACGUCAGGAUACAUUGGUGCUGGAUCUGGAAGUCCGAUACCGAUUGAAUAUUUGCCAGCAGAAAACAGUAUGAGCUCUAAAGUUCGUUUGAUGAUUUUAUAUCAAGGUCGACCAACGACAACAAUUGCUGUCGGAGAUCCGUUGACAUUUAGAUUGGAAUCGCAAGAUGGAUAUAAUCAUAUAAAUGACAUUUUUGCUACGAAUGUAGUCGCUCGUGAUCCAUAUUCAGGCAGAAGUGUUCAGUUGAUCGACAGAUAUGGUUGCCCUGUCGACACUUUCGUUUUCCCUGAACUUGGUCGUUCACGUGAUGGUGACUCGUUAGAAGCAAGAUUCAACGCUUUUAAGAUCCCCGAAUCAAAUUUCUUAGUGUUUGAAGCUACAGUGAAGACAUGUCGUGAUGGUUGUCAGCCUGCUUAUUGUAAUGGAUUAGCCGGCCGAUCAGAACCGUCAUUUGGACGAAGGAAAAGAUCUUUGAAUGACACUGAAAUUAUUCCAAAUGAUCCUGAAGCAUUAAUAUCAAACGAAGAAAAUUUUGAGAAGCAAAAUGAAACAACAGUUUCCAAUUUCAAUACAAAUGAUGAGGUAAAUAAAGAUGAUUUCCCGGAACAAGUUCGUGAAAUGAUUGAAGUUUUUGAAUCACGAGAAGAGAUGCAACAAGAGACGAUUGCUAAGAAAAUGAUUUCAGUUGACACUGGCAAUGUUUGUUUGUCAGUUGCUGAAUAUUAUGGCUUAGUUAUAUCGACGAUGUUGUUGCUAAUUCUUCUUAUGAGUGUAGCUGUCAUCAUAGGAUUACUUUAUAGGAAAUAUUGGAAAAUAAUUUUAAAAAACAAUUCAUUCGAGUAUCACUCUAACACAAAUUCAUUCACAAACCAUACUCCAACCAGGGAGAAUAACUUAAAGAAUUAUGGCACGCACAAAGGCAAAGUGAAUAAUGAAGAAUUUAAUGAAGCUUAUCGCUCAACCUCAACUGUAUCGCUCUUUGGUUCGGGAUUGCAAAAGACCUUCGCAACAGGAAAUUUAUCUCGAAUCUGUCAAAUUCCUGUGAUUAAUCCGAUCAAUAAAUCGAAUGGAUCCAACUUUAAUGACGACAGCGAACCAAUUUACACAGAUCCAAGUUUGUUCGAGAGAUCGCGUAUUUAAUUAGCAAGAUACUUACUUCAUCAUCACACAUCGUUUUCAUUUAAUUUGUCAAAGAUUGGUUUUGUAUAAAGCUACCGUAGCCAUUAAGAUAACGCCUUAAGAUGGAGAAAACUCUUCUUUCGUAUCCCAAACCUAUCGUAAACAUUAAACAUUAUUUUUACUAUUAUUAAAACUUAACUUACUUAUGAGUAAAGAAAUAAAUUUUUAUAUUUAUGAAGCAAUCUCAGUG